UAUAAUAUAUAUCGAGUAAACCCCCUUUCUUACCCUCACAAACUCUCUCGAUCAUCUUCUUCCUGAAUUUCUGAAAUUCAAACCUUCAAAAAUCCGUCAAAACCACAAUCUUCAUCUGCACCAAUCACCAUGAUUCUCACAUAAAAAAAAAACCCUAAUUUCGAUUGCUCACUGUACAAGUCAUCCGUCAACUCAUCGUCACAAUUUCCUUCGAAAACCCUAGCGUAUGUAUACAUGCGUAUAUACUCACGGAAGAUGAAGACCGUUUGCAACAAAAAUCUCGACGUUUUCGAUUUUAAACCGGAUGAUCCUCCUAGAAAUGCGAUUGAGAAGUAUACUUUUCUCGAAACCGCUGCUUCCGGAAAAAGUAUAUCAGCAGAGGAGAUUAACUACGUUCCGUCUCUAGACAUUGAUACCAUCAACAUGAAUCACAUGGCUACCACCCUAGUAGAAAAUCCUUCUGUUGGAAUGACGGCUGUUACAAAUCAUGCUUUUAAAGUUGUUAAACAGCGACCUCUAUCAAGUAUAGAACUCAGAACUGAUUUAUCCGAAUCAGAAGUCAAUGCGGCUGCCACAUCAGCGUCACCUAGCAACAACAGAUUAAAGUCAGCCAUGCUAGAUCUGUUGCCUAGUCAUUAUGAACUUGAUGAGGCAGGUGGAACGGGCACAGAUGCAAAUGGAAGCAUGUGUGACAGAUCUUCGUCUUCUUCUGAUGUUGCAGACGAUGAUGCUGGACCAUCUUCAGAUAACUGCAUAGACGACUGGGAAAUGGACAGUGAAGAUACAACAACAGUUGUCUUGUACCCUGAUCAUGUGAUAUAUCGUGGUAGUUAUUAUACAGAUUGUUCGAUAUCUUUUACUAGCGGUUUCGUUGAACUGGAGGGUUCAGAAGUAGACGGAGAUGAAAGAACCCUAAAAUGCAAGUGGGGUAUUGAAGAUUUACUUCAUAUCACAUCUCAUUGGUAUGAACGGGUUGAGAUGGCCAUGGUGAAGAUUCAUGUACUUACAAAAGAUACAAAGCAUGAUAAAAUUGUUGAAUGCGCUUCAGGCACUGAGUUGAAAUUUGCAGUUAUCGACUCUAGCUGGCACGAGAGACUCGAAGCAAUUGUUUCUUUGAACAAGACAUACAAAGCUUUAUGGACCAGUAUGCUUGAAUCGGAAGACACCGUGGUUGGACACUCUGGCGUAUCUUCUUCAAAAUAUAUUCCGGUCUUUGACCGGCCUUUUGAAGAGGUUGUGUAUCCAAAGGGGGAUGCCGAUCCCGUUUCUCUAAGUAAACGAGACUUUGAUCUACUACAACCCGACACAUUUGUCAACGACACCAUCAUUGACUUUUAUAUCAAGUAUUUGAAGAACAAAAUCAAGCCUGACGAGAGCCGCAAGCUCCACUUUUUCAAUAGCUUCUUUUUCCGGAAGCUCGCGGAUCCCGAUAAAGAUCCACUUGAUGCUUCUAAAGGCGGGGUUGCUUAUCAACGCGUGAAGAAAUGGACGAGAAAAGUCAACCUUUUCGAGAAAGAUUAUGUUUUUAUUCCUAUAAACUAUAAUUAUCAUUGGAGUCUUAUCGUCAUGUGUCAUCUUGGAGAAGUGGCAACAUAUGAAGAUGAAGAUGUAAACGAGUCGAUGAACGUUCCGUGUGUGUUGCAUAUGGAUUCUUUGAGAGGCAGUCACACUGGUCUACAAGGUCUUGUGCAAAGUUACCUGAAGGAGGAGUGGAAAGCGAGGCAACAUGAAGUUUCUGAAGACAUCGCCUCGAGAUUUGAUAAUUUGAGAUUCAUCUCUCUGGAGUUACCGCAGCAGCAAAAUAUGUUCGACUGUGGUCUGUUCUUGCUCCACUAUGUAGAACUAUUCUUGGAGCAAGCUCCUCUACACUUUAAUCCUUUUAAAAUCUCAAAGAGCUUUAACUUUCUAAACGAGGACUGGUUUCCACCUGCGGAGGCAUCUCUCAAACGAGUAGUUAUUCAGAAAUUAAUCUGUGAUCUUCUCGAGAACCCAAAUCAGGAACCUUCUUUAUCCACCGCUGAUGAUGACCAACGGUGCCACGUCAGCAGUCUGGAUACGAAUGCUCAUAAGGAUACCGUUGUGAAUUUAUCCUUAACUCAUCAUCAAAGUUCUCAUGAUCAUAAGAAAACCGAGAUACCAUCAUCAUCAAUACAAUGUGCUGAUGAUGAUCCUAACGUAACCGUGAAGCCAUCUUUUAGUUUGAAAUUCAACUGUGCAACCACUUUCGAUGAGUGCGGAUCUCAAGAUGGCAGUGCUCGGGACCAGGAGACGAUUAAUAACAAUCAUGAGUCGUUACCGGAAAUUCAAAUCCUGGGGUGUGAUGUUUCCGUAGAAGUGGUCAAUGGAAGCCGUCAGCUCGAUUCGGAAACCGAUCAACCAACGUUGAUGGAUAUAAUGAUGCCCGGGUCAUCAUUUGGGUUUCUUGAUAUGCAAAUUGAUGGUUCGGAAAACGCUUCAGGUUUGGAAUCGGAUGUGCAGCACGCUACCAAAAAGAUGCGGAUGACACAACCAAUAGUUCUGUGAAUAGUGCUGAUUAUUGCGGUUUAGGAGUGAAUACUGAUGUUUCUUUUGCUCUUUGCGGGGAUCGUUAGGGUUUUGUAUUUGAAUCUUGAGAGUAUUAAAAUGAUGAGGAGCAAGGAGAUCCCAUUAAAGUCUAGAGGGUUUUUUUUUUUUUUUUUUUUUGUGGAUUUAAGGUCUGGUUGAGAAAGAAAUUGGUAGUUGAUCUCAAGGCUUGUAUGCAAUGUUUUGCAGCAUUCUUGUUACUAAUGGUAUGGGAAAAACCCUUGAAAACUUA